CGAUUGCGCCACAUGUCGAGCUGGAACGAGUGAUCCAAGUCUAUGUGGAUGGAACAGCCUCUACCCUAGCGUGUGUGGGUGGUCAUCAAGUUGAGGGGUGGCUCUUGACCGCCAUGAUGCGAAGCUCUCUGAACGCUCGUCAAGAAGCCAAGCUGAGACUCGCUUAUGGGCUGGCAGAGGACGAAGCGCUUCCUCGACCUUUUGGAGACAAUCCCUUUGCGGGCGAUGCUGACCCGAACGAGUCCGUUGCAAGCCUGUGCGGUAUUGGGCAGGCUGUGUUCGACUUCGAGCUUAAAGAGAUUUCCGCAAGAGCACUACUUGGACGAGGAGAUCUUGCGGUGGUUGCGGUGAAGAAUGAGGUGAAUGGUGAUCGCGUCGCCUCGGAGUGGAGCGACGGGCAGGGCAACAGUUCGGCAUCGCCUCUACAAGUCUGCGGAACCUUGUCUAGAGGUAGAGCAUCAUCUGUUCACCUCAUCAAAAUGUGUAACGGCCGACUGGUCGUGCUCAAAUUGUUCCACAAGACAGAAAUUGGUUCGCUUCAAUUUGAGCGAGAGUCACAAGCUUAUGCGUCGCUAGGAAGGCAAGGUCUUCUACUGCCCCCUACUACGACUGGCGGUGAACACGAGUGUGCUACCAAUGAUCUAGAUCAGCGACAGCUAGAGGCCAUUGCUCCACAUUGCUUCGGAUGGCUGAACCUAGAUCAUUUGGCAAGCGCCACGCAAACACCUCAAGGACUGAUUACUGCCAUCAAACAAAGCUCAAGAGGAAUCUUGAUUGACUACCUGAGACCACAACAAGGCUGGACGACGCUCGAAGCGCCCCACGGCUCUGCUCAGUCCCACGCUCUACAUCCGACCAGACUCUGCAGAGAGGCGUGUCAAGCUGCCAUUGAAGCCCUUCAAUGCACACCAAGGUGCCAUGGAGACGUGUACGGGCGAAAUGUGCUCGUGAGAAGCAAGCCCAUUCUCCGAACGCAUCAAGCACAGCAUGAAUCCGCAUGUGCGUCUACGACUUUCCGAAGAGAUGCUGAAGCGCAAUGGCAAGCGGUAUGGGUAGACUGGGCCUCCUCGCCCUCCAUGUCGCACAUCUACGCAGCGCACGCAAAUCCAGACGCCGAACGACGAGCGGUAUCGCUCCAUGCCAAAGCAAAACGUAAAGAGCUGGCAUUGCUUUGGAGCAGGCUCUUCGAAGUGAUGAACGAACGCGGUCUCAGCCGUUGGAGCGCUGGAGGUGCGCCAAUCUGGAUCGUCACGACGCUCUUGCACUCUUUUGCUUUCACCGUCAUGCCGUUCACAUAUUCGCGCGGAGCUGCCGAACGCCAACCCGGCACCAAGCUUGGCUACACUUACAUGGCUAAGUCGCAUCACGCAGCACAGCGAAGUUGGGAAAGGCAAGGACCUUCAUGA